AUGAAUUCCGCAACACAUUGGGUGUGUAUAGUAGCCGUGCUGGGGUUCACUGCAAAAACAGAUGCAUCGAUAGCAAACGAUACUCAUAGAGUAAUAUCUUGCGAUGAGGCUAAAUUGAAGUGUGGAUACAGAAAAGGAUGUGGCGGUGCUUUGCAGCGGUAUUUAACGAGCUGCGCUGGUAUUUAUCAAGACGAAGAAGACAGGAAUUGUCCUGAGCAAUGCCAGCUAGACCUUAUUUCGCUCACAAGCACGGACGAGGGUAAAGACCUCAUGAAUUGUCGAUGUACCAAAGAGGAUUUUAUGUGUAUAGACUCCAAGCAGAAAGUUGAGGUCUGCAGGGAAUCAAUUAAUAGACUAAUGAAUAAUACAAGACUUAGUUGUAAAAUAGCCACUGGCAUUUGUAAUGCCGAUACACUUUGUUUUACUGCGCUGCAAUAUUACCACAAACAUUGUAAACAUAUGUUCAAUGGAAGAAGAUGUACGCAUCGGUGUAGAAAUUCGUUGAAUAUCCUCCUGAGACAGGAUAAAGCUGCGAGUUUAAAAACGUGUGUGUGUGACGGCCGUGAGGAUUACGAUUGCCGUGGCGUACAUCGUAAUAUGCACAUACUGUGUUUUAACAAAACAGAAGAAGAAUACUCACAAAUACUGCUAGAGCAAUAUCCAGACACGUAUACUAACGAAGUCGGAGGAGACGUUAAUUCCGGCGAGUCGAUUUACUUUAGAGCAACUUACAUUAUUCUAAUUGCUCUUUUAAUCCUCUUAAAAGUUUACUUCUGUUACAGACUGAUGAUUCACUGCAAUGAUAAGAAAGCAAAGAAGAAAAAAAAUACAAACAGUAUUCAGUAUGUGAAUGACCAAAGAUCCUAA